AUGACUUGUGAAAUUCCAAAUGACAGUUAUCUAACCUGGAAUGAGGAAAUCACGCCUAUGAAGUGUCGAAGGGAAAGCCAUUUGGAGCCUUCGAUGCGGAAGAAGUCAUUGAUGAAACCUAAACACAAGUUACGAAUUGGUGCUUGGAAUGUAAGAACUAUGUACCAAUGUGGAAAAAGUAGACAGGUAUCAAUGGAAAUGGAUAGAUACCAAUUGGAUAUCUUGGGAAUAUCAGAACUUAGAUGGACAGGUUUUGGCAAGAUUAAAACUGGAAGUGAACAAAUCAUUUUGUACUCAGGAGCUGAAGAAAAGCACGAAAGAGGCGUGGCGCUAAUCAUUAAUAAAGAAACAGCGAAGAGUCUUUUGGAAUGGGAACCAAUCAGUGAAAGAAUUUUAAGAGCACGAUUUUAUUCAAAAUAUAUUAAACUAUCAAUUAUUCAAGUGUAUGCACCAACGAAUGAUGCUGAUGAGGAGGAAAAGGAGACAUUUUAUGAUCAACUACAAUGUGUUUUAAAUCGAGUUCCAAAACAUGACAUGAUAAUUCUUAUGGGAGACCUUAAUGCUAAGGUUGGAAAACGGAUUAGUGAUGAUGAAACCUCCAUGGGAAACGAAUCACCGGGCGAGAGGAACGAAAAUGGAGAACUGUUUGUUUCCCUGUGCGAACUAAAUAGUUUGAACAUAGGUGGGAGUAGAUUCAAGCAUAGAGAGAUACAUAAAUGUACAUGGACCUCACCAGACGGAAGAACAAAGAAUCAAAUAGAUCAUAUUGCAAUUAAUAACAAGUUCAGGAGCUCACUAAGAGACGUAAGAGCGAUGAGAGGUGCCGACGUUGGAUCAGAUCACUACUUGAUUCUUGCAAUAUUAAAACUAAAAUUAAGAAAAUCACCAAAGAAGACGGGACAUAAAAGAAUAAGCUAUGACAUUGCUAAGUUAAAAGCCAAAGAGUGCAGACAAGAAUUUUCAAUCGAGUUGAAAAACAGAUUUGAGCUGUUAAAGGAAGAAGAAAAUCAUGGCAACACUAAGCAAUCAGAAAAUGAGAUCAUCCUAUCAGAAUAA